AGAAUUCUUUAGGCGUUUCAAUCACUUUAACGUUAUUUCCAUUUACUGCGAAACACGGCGCUAACUUGUUCAACCAUUUAAAGUCAGACCUUUGAUUUUGUUUAGUCAUAAUAACAGCUAAACACAAAACGACUGCGACACUGCAAUCGUCUUGGUAGGCGAAAUUUGAUUCUAUAAAAGUAAACAAACAACGUUAUUUUACAAAAGUAAAAAUAAACCUUUUGCGUUAGAAAAAAACUUUAUUCUACAUGUAUAUUGCCUAAAACUUCGCACAAAAUAAGCCUAUAUCAGACUAGACACAUACAUUCUUUCUCGUUCAAUUCUCUUAUAAUGGACUCUGCCCCUGCGUGUUUCGUUUCCCUGUGCGGUUGUACCUUACCUAUUAAAUAAUGCCUUUUUUCCCCGACAUGUAAGCACGAAAGAGUCAAAAACUCGGCUGUAUUUUACUGCCUUUUUAAACGCAAAACCUCUAUACUGAUAUGUUGUGUGUAGCAAAUGUCGUCUAAAGAAUUCCAAAGCAAAAUAGCCAUAUAAUCACAACAUAUUAAUUUGACAAAACUCAAUACUUGUUACGCCAUAACUUCAAUUAUUCUGCACUGCAUGAAUAUUACAGGCAUUUUCUCCCAACGUUCGGUCCACCAGUUUUAUCCGCUACGUUUUACAAGCAAAAAUGCGAUUCUUUUCCGUGAACUGUAUUCUAAUAUGGGAAAUUUUGCUUCUGUGCCAUACAGUUCGUUGCGCGGAUAUGGAAUCAGACUCGAUGCAGAUUGCAGCAACUGUACAUGAUGUAUUUGAGGAGACUUUUCACUUCAGCGGGCUAGAAAUGCGGCUUGACCAGGCAAACUGGGAAACGGAAAUGGUAUCACCGGAUACACUUGCGCAGAAACUUGCGGCUUCGAUCCAGACCAGCGUCAGCACGGCAGAAACCGCUGUGCGAAAUUUGAACAGUGCUCUGCAGACUGCAAGCGAAUGGCAAAUAGAAGAAAAUCACCAGUGCUGUCACACUGAUUUUGGCGAUCAAAUAACUUGUACAAUCUUCCCAACCGAUGCCUUGGAGGAUUUUGUUCCCACAAUCUUCACUAAGGAAGCUCAUGCCAACUUGAAGCAGUAUCCAGUCAUUCAAAGACAGAUGUUCAUGGAUUUGAACGGGAGAUUAGCGCAGUUGCCGACACCACUGUUUUAUAAUGAUUGCAAAUUGGACAAUAGAGCUAAGCCAUGGUAUUCGAAAGCCAUAUCAGAUGUUCCAAGAGAUGUAGUCGUUAUAGUGGAUGUGUCCGAAUACUUCUCCAAAACAACUGUUGUAAAAAUACUUAAAACAAUAGCAGAACCUUUACAGCAUACAGACCGGCUGGCCGUUGUUGCUUUCUCCAGCAUUAUUCACUCAGGGACAGAAUGUGAUGAAUUGGUUUAUGCAACUAACACAAACAAAGACUUUCUUAUCGCAAAGAUAGCAUUCAUGAUGUUUUCUGGGAAUGGCAAACUAAGCAAAGCUUUUUCGAAAGCAUUCGAUUAUUUUGAUGGAAGUAGAAACAGCAAGAAACAUAUUGUUCUUAUUUUAACCAAGGAACCGACUGAUAGCAGGCAAAAUAUUUUUAAUGUUAUCAAGCAAAGAAAUGCUGAUCUUCAGAACUCUGUCGAAAUUUCAACUUUUGGGUUAGAUAACUACAUAGGGGUGCACGGGCUGGUGAAAGAAAUUGCAAACCAAGAUGGAUCAUCUUAUGGUGUCAAUGCUGCAUUAAAUGUGACGAAAGGGGUCGCUGCCUUUUGGCCAGAUACAAGUUCUGCUGAGACCAUUUUUAGUUCAAAGUCAACACAAAACGUGAAUAAAAUUUCUUGGUCUGGUCCGAACACUGCUGUUGGAACUUUGUCUCUUUAUCUCACAGCUUCAAUGCCAGUUGUACUGAAUGAUGAAUUGAAAGGAGCUGUUGGUGUGGAUGUAAGUCUGGAAUCCUUGAUACCGAACCCCCCUUUACCAAGUGAUCUGUUUUAUUCCUUCCUUGUUGAAACAUCUGGUCGUGUAAUACACCACCCUUUGAUCAGAUAUUGGAAAGACACCGAUUACCCCGAUGUUGCAGUUGUUAUAAAAGGGCUAGAUUGUAGAAAUGAAUUUCUUCCCAAGUUAAGACAGCUUUUUGCUUCUGUGAGAAACUCAGAUACUUUCACUGUUGGUUGUUCAACAGAUUGGAUCACUGAGAAGGACAAUGGUGCAAGGGAUGUGAUGCAAAACACACCUGUUGUAUUUUCAUGCAGUAGACCAGGCAACUAUCAGUAUGUUGCUUGUAUUGCGGUUAAAACCGGUUCAAACCAGCUGCCUGUGAAAGUUCUUAGUGGAGUUAACGUCAACUUAAUUCCUGAAACAUUUGUUUACCAUAAAAUGAACACGCAAUCUUCGUUGUCAUGCCAACAUUUAGAUCACGAAGCAAAAACAUCACCAGCCGUUAAACUAACUCCUGCAGCGUUUAGGGAUUUAAGCAGAUACAGCAACACAGAUGAGACUAGCACCACUGCAGCUGAAUAUGUCAAUCAAGUAGCUGGCUUGCAAAGUGCACCGGAAGUUUUAACAGAUGCUGCAGUUAAUGUUAUACGCUUAACAAACUCGCUCGAGUUGUGGGAUGGGUUUGGACAGGAUGAGAAGAUGUACAAUAUAUGGAGAUACUUUGGCUCGCAUGAAGGUGUGUUUCGCAUCUUUCCUGCUGUAGAAAUGUUUAAAAGUUAUGACCAUACCACCCAGGGUUGGUACAAGACGGCCAUACACAACAAAGACAGAAUAAUAAUAACACCCGUGUACCAAGACUUUGGAACCUCACUUCAAUUAUUUACAAUGGCGAAAGCUAUCUUCUUACCAAAUAACACUGAACCUGUAGGAGUUGUUGGCGGAGACUUCUUACAUUCGGAUCUUAAUGUUUUCUUCAAUGCUACUUCAUGUGAUACCGGCAAAGUUGAAUGUUACUUGGUUGAUCUGACAGGAAUGGUUAUUUAUUCAAACCACCGUAAACAAAGGAAUGUGUCUAUUGUAACAAUGGAGCCAACUCUUGCUAUGCAGCUUAAACUAUCUGGAGUGCUUACCGAUGAGUGGUGUAGCAAUAUAUGGUCAUCAUCUGAUGCACAUCAUAUGAGGAUGGAUAUUAAUAUGCUUAUCAAUGGGAGACAAUUUGGGCCAUAUCACCUUCAGUAUAUUAAUGGGACAAACCUGGUUCUUAUUGUAAAGGGUGAAGAAGAACUGGUUGGUGGAAAAUGCACAGUUCAUGACACUCAAUGGAAUUUUUGCAGCAGCACACAAGAAGAAUGUCAGUCAGCUUGCACCCAGUAUUCACCUUCAUGCAUGCGAAGUCUAAACCAAACCACACAACACCACGGCUGCUUCCAAACAGCGAUUAAUAAUUUCAGGUUCCCUAUUUUACCUGAGAGCCAAACAGGCAGAACAGAUGCUUUGGACGUUUGCUAUGAAAUGUUUAAAGACUGGCAAAAUAAACAAGACGAUAAAGACAACUGGACCAACUGGACUUGGGUUAUCGGCCCAGGCAUACAAGUCGCUUUCGAAAUUACUUUUGGCCUCGGGGCGAUGAUUUUCGCCAUAUUUACCAUUAAGCAUCGAAUGUCUAGAAGUCAAGGAAUGCAAAACCAGGUUGACCAGGUCGGCAUGUCUAUGGUUCCGCCCCCAGAUGUAAACGCUGCACAAUAUGGAGCUAUGCCGGUCCAAACUUAUGCCCCGGGAUCUGGGGUGCCACCGCCACCGAUCCCACCCCCUAGUUACGACAUGCAGCAACAACAUAUGCAACAGAACUACGGAUACCAACCAAACAUGCAGCAACCUAAUAACUAUGGCCCACCACCACAACAAGGGUUUGGGUUCCAACAACAGCCCAAUAUGCAACAACAACAGUGGCAAUCUCAAUACGCUCCACCAGCACCACCAAAUCCACCACCUUACCCUUACUAACUCGCGCGCUUAAUGCUAAUUUUCGACAAAUUGCUUUAAAUAAAAACUUAAGUUAAUGCUUAUAAAUAAAAAGUUAACUAUUGCAGUCGUGUUCACUUCUAACUUAGUCUUUUUUUCCAUCUUUGGAUAAAAAGUUACUCGUAAUGAAUCUUGUGCACUUAAUGUUAAAUGCAUUCUUUUACAAAUCUUUUAAAUAAAAAGUUACCUAUUGCAGUCUUGUUCACUUGGGUGCAUUUUUACGAAUACUUUGAAUAAACAUGUCUCUACAGCAUA